AUGUCUACAACGGAAGGUACUAAUGCUUUCAUGAGCUUAUAUCCAGAAAAUUGGAACCUGGUAAAUUUGAACCUGAAAGUAAUAAAGAAGCAAAAAAGGUUUGAAUAUUUUAUCAGGAACAAGUACCGGGAGUAUAUAUCAAACUACGGAUAUAUAUUUGACAAAGUAUUCGGGAAUAAUAAUGUUAUUUGGGUGGGUCGUAGUUUUAAUGAGUUAAGCAGACUUGUAUUGAUGUAUGAAGAUGUUGAGAAAUACGUCUUGAUAAUACCAAACGACGAUAACAUGAUACUAUUCCACCAACUAAACGACAACACUUGGAAGCGUAUUAAUACUCAAAUAAACUUGGCGAAGCUGAAAAUUUGUAAACAAUUUGGUUAUGAUUUGCUAUGGGAUUUUAAAGUUAAAUUAGAAGAUUGUGAAAGUCCCAAAACACUUGAAGAUUUGUCUAUAUUUGAGUCGUAUUACUAUGAUCUGGAUAAGCAUAAUCUUAAAAUCAUUUUCAAUGCGUUUUGCCAUAGUAUUUCCUAUUCCGGGAAGGAAAUCUGGAAACACACAAAAGACGAUGCUCAUCACGGACAACUUAACUCGCUAAAAUUUGACCUGAUUUCAGGUGAUGUAACUAUCACAUUCAUGGAUGAAACUACUGAACCUCUUGAUCUGAAUGGAUCAAGCAACAAAAGGCCUAGAGAUGAAGCUGAAUCCAUUUACCCAGCUAAUGUAAGCCAAUCCAUUUACCCAGCUAAUGUAAGCCAAUCCAUUAAAUCAGUUAAUCUGAAGUCUGAGUCAAAUAAUGAAAAAGUUGUGAAAUCUGAGUCAAUGUUACGGGAUUUGAAUAUGCCUAGUAUUGAAGUACCUAGAGAUCCAGCUGAAUCAUUGAGCUCACUUGGUGUGAGUUCAGAUGCUGGAGUAGAACAAAGAGUAAACGAGUCAAUGUCAGUUGAUUUAAUAUUUUUAGAUCGUGAUACGAAGUUGUCAGCGACCAAGUAUAGAACAGAUUGUGACCCUGACAUUCAGUAUUUUAUAACUAAUAACGGUUUUCUCUAUGGUAGAAUAACAGAUGAUGGUAAAGUAAUUGUUGACAAAGAUGAUUCCAGACAUUUUUACAGAAUAUAUAAGUCUGGUUUGGAAAUUGACAGGGCAAUUAAGAAAUAUGUAGAUUAUCUCAAGUUUGUGAAGCCUAACAUUGAUAGUUUAAAAUUUUACACAAGAAACAAUAAAGAACUCAUACUUGAGGAUUACAAGUUUAAAUUUAGUGUGUUUCGUUAUCAGUAUGACUUUUUCAGGGCAUUACACAAAAUUAUAUACAAUGGCAAGGUCUAUAGAAAAUAUGAUUAUUUCAAACACGAAGGGUUCCCAGCAAGUCUAUACUUUACACAUGUCGAUUUUAAUAUUACACUAAAGUUCUAUUACGAAUUUCCAAAAGAUACAAAAAUCGGCUUUAACGUGCUGAAAAUGUAUAAAGUAAAUGAAUGUGGUAAUAAGUAUGGAUGUGGUAAUAAGUAUGGAUGUGGUAAUAAGUAUGGAUGUGGUAAUAAGUGUGGAAGUGGAAAAAGGGUAGAGCUGGAUGAUGAGGAUUACGAAGAUAUUAAAACAUUUGUUGGCACAAGAUUAUACACGCUAAGAGAUGAUAGUAAAUGUACCGAAGUUUCAUAUGACGAAUUGGUUGUCUGGAGAUAUGAGCCUGGCAAAGAAUAUCCCAAAUCUAUAUGUUGUGACUACAAAAUAGGAAGAAUAGACAUUAGAUUCAGUUCACAUGUAGCUUCAUUUGUUAGAUUCGGAUAUCAAAGAUGUUUCACCUGGUUGACUUUUUUCCCUACUGAUUUGAAACUUUAUCAAGAGAAUGAAAAUGGCAAUAGUAUGGAAUUGAAUCAAAAUGACUAUAGAAUUAACGUCUUAAGUCCUUCAUCAAUUGAGUACAUUAUUAAGGCUUAUAUGUGUAACGAGAUCAGGUUUGGCGAUUCUACUCUUUGGAAACGCGAAAACGGACAACCAUUCCCCAGAAAAAUAAUUUAUCACCUUGAAGUUCCCAGUAUUGUAAUCUACAGCAAACAAAGCCGAUCUGGGUACUUUAGAGAAACAAAACUAUUUGAGUUUAAAAGAAACAAGGGGAUAUGGACACUUGGGUAUACUUACAAAUAA